AAACAUCAGCCCGGCUCGCAGCAUGACCGCGCGCCCGCGUCCGCGAUUAACCCCGAUUUCGCGACCGCGUAACCGCUGCCUUCGCCGCGCGCGCGAGCCCGCGCCUCUCUCUCGGCGACGAAAAAGCCGUCGCCGCACGGCCAUGUUUGUCGAAAGGCGAUAUCACGUUCUCGCACGGGCUUCCGCGACGCCCGAUGGCGCGAGAAUUCGCGCGCGACGACGUCCCGUACGUGUGCGCUCGAUCGAGCGGCGUCGUCGUGCAUCCGCGUCCCGCCGCGUGCUUCCGACGAUUACGUCGGGUCGCGCGGUUCGCGUCCCCGGGAGCGCGGCUGAGGAAGUCGAGCCACGGCGACGGGAAACGGUACUCUCGUUGGCCUCCGGCGGCGUAUCGGUUUCGACGCGAGACUAGUCCGCUUGCUCGCACGCUCGCUCGUUCACCCGCUCGCUGGCUAGCUCGUUGGCUCGCUCGUCCUCUCGACCGUGGGCUUCGUUUGUAGUUCAUCGCUCGUCGGCACACGGCACGGCCUCGAUACGCGAGUCGCACGUGGAUCGCGGAAGACUGUACCUUGUUAUCGCCACGUUGGCGCCAAUCGCACAAACACCUCACACACACAUACACAUACACACACACACAUCGACCUCGGUACCUCGCUACUCGUCUUCCGGAGGCGCGUCUUGAUCUUCCCGCAUGUUUCGCUUAACGUUAAAUCCACGUGCCACGAGCGCAUAGAGAGAUAAUGAAUGGGAGGACAAUACGAUUUUGUCGUGAGACAUCAUCAUGGAACAGCUUAGCGAAGGCCAAGCAGUUGUGGUGGGUGGUACUGGAGGGACAGUACAGGUUGUUCAGAUGGGUCAGGGUGGUCAGGCUAUGAUGCUGCCGCAGGCUAUACAGGUAGCAGCUCCCAAUGGUCAGAUCCAGGUUGUGCCAGUCUCCAGUCUGACGAGUACGGGUCAGCAGAUAGUCAUUCAGCAGCCUCAAACGCCUCAGAUUAUCCAGACACCUGAUGGACAGACUUAUAUUUAUCAGCCAGUUCAAUUGGAAGGACAGGUUCAACAGGCACAACCGACAGUAAUAAAUAUCAAUGGCAAUCUCAUGCAAAUCGCUGGAACUACAGCGCAAGCUACCACCAACACAGCUACUACAUCUCCAGUACAACCUCUGGCCAGUCCUACAGCAACAGUCUCACAGGCAGGGAAUGUUGUUAUGAUGGUACCAGGAAAUAGUGGGCAAACGCAGUUUCAAAGAGUGGCAUUGCCGAAUGCCGAGUUUCUCGAAGAAGAACCACUAUAUGUAAAUGCUAAACAAUACAGGCGUAUACUGAAACGUCGGCAGGCGCGUGCGAAGCUAGAAGCUGAAGGAAAGAUACCUAAAGAAAGACCAAAAUAUCUUCACGAAUCCCGACAUCGGCACGCGAUGAAUAGAAUUCGCGGAGAGGGCGGCCGCUUCCAUUCUGGUCAAGUGAAGAAGCGGAAGUAAGUCUCUUGUAAAAAUGAGAAAGAAGCUGUGUCUCUCGAUCAUAAUUUUGCGUAAGGAUGUAAUUAUUUCAUCACAGAGUUUCGCCAGAGCAAGUGCAUACUUCAUAAUUAUCUAAGCAUAUUGUGAUUUCAGUCAGUACCAAUCUACAGCAAUAACAAUCGAAAUUAAAAUAUAUAUCACGAAUUACAAUGCUGAUCUCUCAAUCGGGAUCUUCGCAUCGAUAUAGGGUAGGAUUUGUUUAAUGUUACAAAUAUUUUAAGACAAUAAAUAGAUCCAAUCAAAUUGCUUUAUUUGACACUUUAAAGUAUUUGUAAUAUUGAGCGAAUGCUGCUUACAAUUUAACCAAAAUAAUUAUUUCUAAUUAGCUAUUUUUCUUCCAUUGUCGGUACUGAUAUUGUCAGUAUUGACUUUGCAGAAGAGUAAGUUGCAUUUGCCAUUUCUAAUUAUUUAUUGAAGGAAUGAAAUAAUUCCCUGCAAAAUAUGAUCUCUGAUGACAAUAUUGUCAA